AUGGCAGCCAUCGCCCCCGCCCUAGUCGCCCUCCUCGAGAGGGCACAGCGCCCAGACAGGCUCGGCAGCCUCCUCAAGGAAGCCGUCGUGCUCGUCCAGACCGUCCUCGAGCUGCUCGGCGAAGAAGCAGUGGGCAUAUCGUUCAAUGGUGGGAAAGACUGUACCGUUCUGCUCCAUAUAUACGCCGCCGUCCUCUAUGCCCGCCGCACACCCACAUUACCAGAGGGAUUACUCCCAAAGCCCUCACCGCACAUCCACCUUCCACAGCCGCCGCAGACUCUGCAGCCCCCGAUAUCACCACAGCCUUCAUAUAAUCCAUCACAGCCAGCCCGAACUCCUCCGCCGCCUAUAAGAUCCGUCUACAUUACAGCGCCAAAUCCGUUUCCAGAGCUAGACGAGUUUGUGCUGGCUUGUACGGAAAGAUAUGGGCUGGAUCUAUGGAGGUUUGGGGGUGGGAUGAAGUCUGCAUUGGAGGAAUGGCUCAAGUGCGGCGGAGGAAAGUCUGUGAAGGGUGUACUGGUAGGAACAAGGCAAGGUGACCCCAACGGUGAGGUUGAGGUUUUGGCACAUACAGACCCGACCUGGCCACAGUUUCUCCGGGUACAUCCGAUUUUACAUUGGACAUACUCUGACGUCUGGGACUUUCUGCUGGAGCUGAACGUGCCCUAUUGUGUCUUGUAUGAUGAAGGAUUCACGUCGUUGGGAUCGACAACGAACACGUCUCCGAACCCGUUGUUGAAGAAAGAGGGUGGAGGGUGGGAACCAGCGUACAAGUUACAAGACGCCUCUCAAGAACGAGCUGGGCGGCAUUGA